AUGGCCUUUAAUUUUAGCCUUGGUAUGUGAGUUUAUAUAGUAGGCAGAUGUUUGAUGCUGAGUGUGGAGCCAAGAAAAGAUCCCCGAAGGCUCAGCCUGAGCGUUGGAGAAAAAAAGGAUAGAAGGGACUUUGACUAUCCAAAGGCUGCAGAGGGCACCUGCUAAAGAUGGUGCAAUCACUGGUACUGCCUCAAUUUACUUCAGGAUUUUGGAGGGCACUCACCUUCCCCCAUGUCUCCUCACACAAUGACCCUGGGAUCCCUGGGAAACAGCAGCAGCAGCAUUUCCUCUACCUUCCUGCUGAGUGGCAUUUCUGGGCUGGAGCACAUGCACAUCUGGAUCUCCAUCCCACUGUGCUUCAUGUACCUGGUCUCCAUCCUGGGCAACUGCACAAUUCUUUUUAUCAUUAAAACAGAGAGCUCACUCCAUGAGCCUAUGUAUCUCUUCCUGUCCAUGCUGGCUCUGAUUGACCUGGGUCUGUCGCUUUGCACUCUGCCUACAGUCCUGGGCAUCUUUUGGGUUGGAGUACGAGAAAUCAGCCAUGAUGCCUGUUUUGCUCAGCUCUUCUUCAUUCACUGUUUGUCCUUCCUCGAGUCCUCUGUGCUACUGUCUAUGGCCUUUGACCGCUUUGUGGCUAUCUGCCGCCCCUUGCACUAUGCUUCCAUUCUCACCAACACAGUCAUUGGCAGGAUUGGCCUGGUCUCUCUGGGUCGUAGUAUAGCACUUAUUUUUCCGUUGCCUUUUAUGCUCAAAAGAUUCUCCUAUUGUGGCCUCCCAGUUCUCUCACAUUCUUACUGUCUCCACCAAGAAGUGAUGAAAUUGGCCUGUGCUGACAUCAAGGCCAACAGCAUCUAUGGCAUGUUUGUCAUUGUCUCCACAGUGGGUAUAGACUCCCUGCUCAUUCUCUUCUCUUACGCCCUGAUCCUGUGCACCGUGCUUUCCAUCACCUCCAGGGCUGAGAGACUCAAGACUUUUAACACCUGUGCCUCCCACAUCUGUGCUGUGCUGCUCUUCUACACUCCCAUGAUUGGCCUCUCUGUCAUCCAUCGCUUUGGAAAGCAGGUACCCCACCUGGUCCAGGUGGUCAUGGGUUUCAUGUAUCUUCUCUUCCCUCCUGUGAUGAAUCCCAUUGUCUACAGCGUGAAGACCAAACAGAUCCGGGAACGAGUGACUCAUGCCUUUUGUAACUGUGUCUAGUGUUAGAGGCAAUGUCUCCUGAAACAUGACCUUGUUUUCCUAUCCUUUAUAAUUUCUAACAUUUGUAAAAUAAAGGAGACAUUUAUUUACUCAACAAAUAUGUACAGGGAUGAGUCAUAGUCCUUGCAGAACCCUCUUUCUGUUGUGGCGAGGAGAGGGGGUAGAAAAUGUAGUAUGAUGUGGUGAAUUCUAUUUUCCAAAAACAGCCACAGAAAUAAUUCCAAUCCCACAUUCUCUUCCACGAACUUGCCACACCUCAUAAAGAGAUAGGGUUUAUUUCUUCUCCCCUUGUAACUGGAUAGGAAUUUGUAAAUCCCUCACGAAUUGAAUAUUGUGGAAAUAGCCCCCCACAUGCUCUGUCCAUCUCCAUUGUAUCACUAUUUCUGUCUGUCUCACUCAACACUUGCUUUUGAAACUCAGCCCCUGUACUAAGAGGAAGCCCAGAUGAUGUGGAGAGGCCCCAUGUAGGUGUUCCAGUCAAUAGGCUCAGCUAAGGUCUCACUCAGCUGAGACUGAGACCUUAGCAGAGUCGGUGUUAAACACAAGUUAGUGAAGAAUCCUCAGAUUAUUCCAUUCUCCAACCUUCCAGCUUCUCCAACUGGGAUCUGGUAAAGCAGUUGAUUGUUCUCUGACUCAGCCCAAAUUGCAGAUUCGUAAACAAAAUAAAUAUUUUUAAGACACUAAAUUUUGGGAUGAUUCAUUAUAGAAUCACAUGUUAAUUGUAUUACUCAAAGUAAAAAGAGGUUGGUUUGGGAGCUAUCUUCUCCUAGCUGGCGGAAAUGAUCACCAAAAAAGGUUUCCCUGAGUUGACACUGUAGUAGGCUUAAGGGAAAUGUAGACAUUAGGCAGUCAAAAACUAUAUGAGGAAGGAGACAAAAAUAUGUUCCAGGUGAAGGAACUGCAUGUGCAAAGCUGAAGUGAGAGAGAGGACGAUGUAUUCUGAGAAUUAUCUGAAGCAUGGUUUUUGUUGUCAUUUUUAUUCUCUAGAAUAUCUGGAAGGUUUAAGAAAAAUGAGGUGAAGUGGAAACAGAUUGAGGUACUGACUACGUUAGAAAGAUUAUAAGCCAAGGAACCAAGGAGAAAUAGUGUUAUUCCCGAUUUUAUAUGUUAUAUUGUGAUUGUACCCUCAAGAUAUUCUAGAUAAAAAGUUACAUUUUUGAGCAAUACAUGUCAAUAUAGUAUUUGCAGUUUUGGUUUGGAGGUAACUGUGAGGAAAGCAAGCUUGAAUAUGGUGUUGCCAUGGAGAAAUUUGAACACCUAGAGAAAAGCAUAAGGAUGUCACGUUCCUGCACAGUUUCAGUGCAGGAUCAAGAAAGGGUGUGGCUGAACACAAUGUCUUCUACUAUGAAGUGUAUAUGUGGAUCCAGUUCUCACCUGAGGUUGGUCUCCUCCAAGGCUGUCUGUUACACAUGACAUUUAACACUGGAUACGCCCCAGCUCCUAACACUAGUGUCUCAUCCUGUUUCUCGUGAGAACACUGUUUCUGCAAUGAUAUUAUCAACCCUGAAAUAAUCAAAAGGAUCAUAACCCAGUUUAAAAGAGCUUAUUUUGCCACAAAGUUGAGAAUGACCAUUUGGGUAACACAGACCCCAAAGAAUGGAGUCAUUGCUCCAAAGCUGAAACAUUAAGGACUUGCUUAUAUAUGUGGAAAGCAAAUAAAUUUAAGAGGAUUACAACAUUUUCCAUACAAAUCUGGCUUGUCAGUUAUAGUAAUUUGAAUACUUACAGCUUGUUCAUUUUUCAAUUUGAAAGAGUGUAUUUAACAUUCCAGCCUAGACAGCACGUUAGUCCUGACGUUUUUGUGUAAGAGAAACAAAACAUAAGUUAAUCUGUAAUGAAGAUCAACAAUGAAGUGGGAAAAGGUCUUCUCUUGCAUUCUGUAGUUUUUUACAACAUUUUAAAAAACAAUAUAAUUAAAUAAAAGAAUAAUUAUAAUAAGAGAAACAAAGAUUAUAGCUGCCUAGGUUAUAGCUGCCUGUUACAUGAUUCAGAUCCCACAAUCACAUUCCUUUAAGGCUCAAUAUUCCAACAUCUUUCAUUUUGAAUUCCUUAUUUUUACAAUAUGUAUAUGUGAAUUAUGGGAUCAACAUGCGGAAG